AUGUUGGAAGCCAAAACUAGGCAUUCAAGGGACGGAGAAUGGGGUGGGGUGUUUGGAGCAUUUGGAUGGACACCCACGGAAGUGCAAGUUCGGCAGCUUACAUUUGGGCUGCGCCAGCAUGAUGACACUGACAUCGCCGAGCACAUCGCAGCACAUUGUGAGAAUGUCCGUCUUCUCGGUGCGACGCCACAAACACCACGGUCUCAGCUAUCCACACCGACAUCGAGCGGUCACACCAGCGGGUAUCGAUCGGUGGCGGCUCGUACGCCGGUUGCUACGCCAUGA